AAAAUUUCAUAUUCCUUUUAUUUUUUUUAUUUCGAAAACAUAUUUCUUUACAAUUUAAUAAAAAAUGGAUAUAGAAGUAAAUACUGUUGGUAUCGAUUUGGGAACCACGUAUUCUUGUGUCGGUGUUUGGAAAAAUGAUAGAAUAGAAAUUAUUUCUAAUGAACAAGGUAAUCGUACAACACCAUCAUAUGUCUCUUUCACCGAUACAGAAAUUCUUGUUGGUGAAGUAGCCAAAAAUCAAGUUGCCACAAACCCUUAUAAUACCGUUUUUGACGUUCAUCGUCUCAUCGGUCGUAAUUUCUACGACUCUGACUUCCAAAAUGAUAUGAAGUACUGGCCGUUCAGAGUCAUCGAAAAUAAUGGAAAACCAUAUGUCCGUGCCAGAUACAAAGGCGAAAAGAAAGAUUUCUCACCGGAAGAAAUUACAUCUCUGAUAUUGUUAAAAAUGAAAGACAUUGCAGAAGAUUUUCUUGGCACAUCAGUUAGAGAUGUCGUAAUUACAGUACCAACUUACUUUAAUAGAUUUCAACGUAAAGCUAUAGAGGAUGCAGGUUUGAUUGCAGGUUUGCAUGUAUUGCAAACCAUUAAUUCACCGUCUGCUGCUGCUAUCGCUUAUGGAUUGGACAGGAGAAUUGUUGGAUUACGAAAUGUUCUUGUAUUUGAUUUGGGUGGUGGUACUUGUAGCGUCUCUCUCUUGGCUAUUGAAGAGGGAAUUUUGGAAGAAAUAGCAGUUGCUGGUAAUAUUCAUCUUGGUGGUGAAGAUUUUGAUAAUCGUCUAAUGAAUCAUUUCGUACAAGAGUUUAAAAGCAAAUUCAAUAGAGAUCUUACUUCUAAUAUACGUGCUCUUUGUCGUUUGAGAGAGCAGUGUGAACGUGCGAAACGUAUUCUUUCGGCGUCGUCACAAGCUUUCAUCGAAAUCGAUUCUCUUUUUGAAAAUAUUGACUUUCGUACUUCCAUAACACGUACAAGAUUUGAAGAAUUGAAUCAAGAUUUGUUCCAAUCUAUAAUAGAACCUAUUGAUAGAGUACUUCGAGAUAGUGAUAUCUACAAAAGUAAUGUUGAUGAAAUUGUCUUAAUUGGUGGUUCAACACGUAUUCCCAAAAUUCAAAGGAUGAUAUCUGAAUUUUUUAAUGGCAAAGAAUUAAGUAGAUCUAUCAAUUCUGAUGAAGCAGCCGCUUAUGGUGCUGCAGUGAGAGCUUUUCAUUUAACUGGCAAUUUUUCUGAAAAGAUUCAAGAUUUAUGCUUAAUUGAAGUCAGUUCUUUAUCACUGGGUAUCGAAACCCUUAAUGGUGACAUGUUGCCGUUUAUUAAACGUAAUACCUCAAUGCCUACCAAGAAACUUAAAAUUAUAUCUACAGAUUUCAAUAAUCAAUCUAGUAUAUCAAUUCAAGUAUAUGAAGGCAACAAUACUCGAUCAAUAGAAAACAAUUUUCUUGGAGAGUUUGAAUUAACUGGAAUUCGUCCAGCACCAAAAGGUGUUCCACAAAUUGCAGUCACUUUCGAUAUUGAUUUAAAUGGAAAAUUAAAAGUUUCUGCUGUUGAUAAAACAACAGGUAGAAUGAAUGAGAUUACCAUCAUUGGCGGGCUUUUAAAGGGAGAAAUCGAACGCAUGAUUACUGAAACUGAAAAAUAUCGUGAAGAUAGAGAAGAAGUUAUGCAAAAAGCACAAGCACGAAACGCCCUAGAAAGCUAUACGUACGAUUUACGUAAUGUGAUACAAUAUAUCGAAAAUUUAAAAAACGAACUUGAGAAUGUUGCACAAGAUUCAAUUACGUGGCUUGAUGAAAACCAAGAAUCAGGAAAAGAAGAAUAUGAAUUUAAAUUAAAUUCGCUCGAAGAAAUUGCUAACCCAAUAUUAAAGAAGCUUUACGGGAAUUAUUCUGAUUUCUUUAAUGGUACUUAGCAAGCGAUCGAGUAUAUAAUACACACACAUAUUCGUUUAUUUUCUUAAACGUAAUUAAUUUUAAAUCUUUUAAAGUACAAUGUUUAAAAUAAAUAGCGACUUUAAAUUAUUAUAAAAA